AAACUCGUCACUGAUAAGCUUUUGGUGGGGUUGGUAAUGGCGUAGGGUUUGGGGAUGAUAGGGAUGAGUGGGUACCGGGCGGAGGCAGCGGCGGCGGCAGCGGCGGCGGCGCAUGUGGCGCAGCAGAGUAGGAGGAACAAGCUGAGAGUGCAGCCUGGUGGUGCUGGUGAGCAGAUGAUGCAGGUGAGGGAUGUGUUUGAUCCUGCGAUGUUUUCGUCUUCGGCUGUGAUGGAGUUUGGUAACCCGGCUGCUGCUGCUGCGGCGGCGGCGGCGGCGGCGGCGGAAUUUCAGUAUCAAGAUGCGGUGGGAGUAGCGGGCAUUGAUGGAUCUUUGAUCGGAACGCAGUAUCAGGAGGCGCAAAGCUUGCAGUUUUCGACGGCGUAUUGCCAGAAUGGGCUUCAGGAAGUGGUGACUUCGUCGGCGAUGAAUCAAGGGAUGGGAAUGGCGGGGUGGGAUGGAGGUAAUGAGCUCUUGCUUCUUCCUAGCCCUAGGAUUGAUAACACUGGGUCGGUUUGGAUGGGAAGAGAGCAUCAGCAAUGGAAUGGGGAAGGGGAGUUCAGUGCGACUCAAGGGCUUUCGUUGUCUCUAGCUUCGAAUCCGGCAUCGGUUCAGCAGUUUGAGGGAUUGCAGAGCUCGCAAGGGGGGAAUGAGGUUGGGGUUUUGGGAUCUUAUGCCAAGUUUGUGGCUUCAAAUCGAGGGUAUAAUACUCAAUGUGAGGGAUUUCAUGGUGCUGUUGGUUCAUCUAUGGAUGUUCGCCGGGCGGUUGGACCGCUGGGGCCUUUCACCGGCUACGCUACCAUCUUGAAGAGCUCGAAGUUCUUGAAGCCGGCGCAGCAGCUGUUGAUAGAGUUCUGCAACGCGGUCAUUGGCCCGAAUGUUGGCCGUGAUGCUGCUGAGAAAGAGGGGGGUGGGGGUGUUCGUGGUGGUGAUUCAGGAGCUUGUUUGUCUUCAUUGUAUGGAUCCACUGAGAUUAAUGGUGAUGGUGGGAGUGGUUCUAGUCAUCGGCCUGAGUUUCAGCAGAAGAAGGCGAAGCUACUGGUAAUGCAGGAAGAGCAGGUAUGCAGAAGAUACAAGCAAUAUCACCAGCAGAUGCAAAUGGUGGUCUCGGCAUUCGAAUCAGUCGCAGGUCUCAGCACUGCCACACCCUACACCUCAUUGGCCCUCAAGGCUGUGUCCAAGCAUUUCCGAUGCAUAAAGAAUGCGAUAUCAGAUCAAAUCCGGCACAUGAGCAAAAUGCUUGGAGAGGAAUUAAUGUCUUCACCAAGCUCCAGCAAAGCCGAUAACCAUAUCUCAAGGUCUAAAUUCAUCGACCAAGGCCUUCGCAAGUCAACUGAUACCGGCUUCACCGAACAUAGUCCACCGGUUUGGAGGCCCCAAAGAGGUCUCCCGGAGCGUUCAGUUGCUGUUCUCAGAGCCUGGUUGUUUGAACAUUUCCUUCAUCCGUAUCCAACUGAUACGGAUAAACACAUGUUGGCAACUCAGACAGGGCUCUCCAGGAACCAGGUUUCAAACUGGUUCAUCAAUGCCAGGGUGAGGCUGUGGAAGCCAAUGGUUGAGGAAAUACACAUGCUUGAGACUAAAGGCAUUGCUGAAAUGAACCUCAAUGCUGGUAACAAGAACGAAGGGAAGAUGGUAAUGAAUAAAGAUCAACAAGGAUCGGAGGCACAGUCAAGCAAGCCUGGUUCGGAUUGCUCGUCGAUGGUGUCAGCUCAGAACAAUGAGCGUUUCCGGAAUUUGGAGCAGUGGCACCGGGAAAAAAGAUCAAGGAUGGAGGAGUGUAGUAUUGUUCCAGGUGGCAUCGAUGGCGGGUUGAUGAGUUUCUACCAUGGUGGUAUGGAAAUGGGUGGACUAGGAGCGGUGUCUCUGACACUGGGCCUCCGGCAUAGUGACGGAGCAGCAGGCACUGCCCAGCAGCCUCCCCCGCCGCAGCAGCAGAUGACAAGGCACUUUGGCAGUCAAGUGGUUCAUGACUUUGUUGCCUAAAUCAGAUGUAAAUGAUCUUAAGGUUCAUGAAAUGGGGCUCAGAUCAAUUAAAAGUUUUUGGUGGUUCAUAUGAGCCAUAGUGAUUGUUGUAAAAGAAUGUAUCUGUGUGCAUACAAGUAGUUGAUGAUCAAAACUCUUGACAGAUACAAUUUAGAACCCAGUUUAGAAUCCUUUUUUAUCAAUUUCAGCAAAUUUGCUUUUAA